UGCUGGCUCCCCCUCUGCCUUCAGUCCCAGUCCGUCCCCGCUGUACAGCGCAGGCCCGAAGUAGCGCAGCCGCUCUGAGUAGUUAUUUUGUGGACUGAGCUGUGUAGACCAGGUGGCUGAUGAUGGAGGACCACAUCGUGAACCAGACAGAGCACAUGACCACCAUCGAAGCCAGCGCCGUCAGCCAGGUACAUGUGGCAACCUAUACAGAAUCAUCUAUGAUGAGUGCUGAAGAGGACUCAACAUCCUCACCAGAUGAUGACCCUUAUGAUGACACAGACAUCCUCAAUUCAGCUGGUACUGAUGAGGUCACUGCUCACCUUGCAGCUGCAGGGCCAGUAGGCAUGGCUGCAGCUGCUGCCGUGGCAACCGGGAAGAAAAGAAAAAGGCCUCACAUCUUUGAAUCCAAUCCCUCAAUCCGCAAGAGGCAGCAGACCCGUUUGCUCAGGAAACUGCGUGCUACACUGGAUGAGUACACCACCAGAGUGGGCCAACAGGCCAUAGUGCUGUGUGUCUCCCCCUCUAAACCGAACCCUGUGUUUAAGGUGUUUGGUGCUGCUCCAUUAGAGAAUGUGGUAAGAAAGUAUAAGAACAUGAUGUUAGAGGACCUGGAGAAUGCCCUGGCGGAGCACGCCCCUGCUGGUGGAGAGCUGGCCUCAGAGCUGCCCCCGCUCACCAUCGAUGGCAUCCCCGUCUCGGUGGAUAAAAUGACCCAGGCUCAGCUGCGAGCGUUCAUCCCAGAAAUGCUGAAGUACUCCACGGGCAGAGGGAAGCCUGGCUGGGGCAAAGAGAGCUGCAAGCCAGUGUGGUGGCCCGAGGACAUCCCCUGGGCCAACGUUCGCAGCGAUGUCCGCACCGAGGAUCAGAAACAGAGAGUAUCUUGGACGCAGGCACUGAGGACAAUAGUGAAGAACUGCUACAAGCAGCACGGCCGCGAGGACUUGUUGUAUGCUUUUGAGGACCAGCAAAUAAUUCCAGCAACUGCAACCCAGCACCACCUGACCACUGCGCAGAGUAUAGCUCACCUUGUGCCCUCACAGACCGUCGUUCAGACCGUCAGCAAUCCUGAUGGAACGGUCUCGCUUAUCCAGGUUGGGACAGGACACACAGUUGCAACAUUAGCAGACGCUUCAGAGCUGCCUGGUGUGACUGUGGCACAGGUUAACUACUCAACUGUGACUGAUGGGGAGGUGGAACAGAACUGGGCCACCCUUCAGGGUGGAGAGAUGACAAUCCAAACAACGCAAGCGUCAGAGGCGACGCAGGCCGUAGCAUCACUAGCUGAAGCUGCCGUUGCUGCCAGUCAUGAGCUCCAGCCUGGAGCCACGGUCACUAUGGCUCUCAACAGUGAGGCAGCAGCCCACGCUGUAGCGACGUUGGCCGAGGCUACUCUUCAAGGAGGGGGGCAGAUUGUCCUGGCAGAGACGGCAGCUGCUGUCGGGGCUCUUGCAGGGGUUCAAGAUGCCACAGGUUUGGUCCAGAUCCCAGUCAGCAUGUACCAGACUGUAGUGACCAGCCUCGCCCAGGGCAACCGUCCGGUUCAGGUCGCAAUGGCGCCUGUCGCCACACGCAUAGAUAACACUGUCACACUGGACGGCCAGGCGGUGGAGGUUGUGACCUUGGAGCAGUGACACUAUGGACCUUGGAAGGAGUGGAACGCACUGAACAGCCACCUUGGAGAUUUGUUUUCUCCUCUUUUCCAAGACAACACAUUGUGUACAAUGUUGGAUAUAUUUUUAAACGUAUACAUCUGCAGGGGGAAAUACGUGAUUGAUAAUGCAUUGUGUUUACUAUGUAAAGAUAUUGCUUUUGUUGGUGUUUCUUUUUUUUUUUGUCUUUGGUUAUUUUCAUAUUUUUUAACUGUGAUGUUGAGUGUGUAGUAUUUAUUUCCUUACAAGUAACCCAAGAUGAACCAAAAAGCCUGGGAGUAAAGCCACCUCUGCACCACUCAGACUGUCAAUGUUUUGGAUUUUUGGUGUAAUCACUGCUGGACUAUUCAGUUUUUAGUAUAGACUUAAAUUGGUACUGUAGUCAGAA